AUGCCUCGUCGACAGCAUCGUCAUCUCCCCGUCCUUCUGUUCAUAGCUACGACCCGUCCAAAUACUGCGUCACAGCCAUCGGCACAACAGCCUAGACGCGCACCUGGCACAAGUCAGCAGCCCACGACCAGGACGACGUUGGAGACCACGUCACAACGAUUGGCACAACAGCCUAGACGCACACAGGGCACGAAACAGCAGCCCACGACCAAGACGACGUUGGAGACCGCGUCACUACGAUUGGCACAAGAGCUUAGACGCACACAGGGCACAAGUCAGCAGCCCGCGACCAGGUCGACGUCGAAGAUAGCUUCACAACCAUCGGCACAACAGCCUAGACGCACACAGGGCAGCACAAGUCAGCAGCCCACAACCAAUGACAAAGCAACAAAGACGAUGGCAUCGAAGACCACGUCACGACCAUCGGCAAAACAGCCUACACGCACACAGGGCACGAAACAGCAGCCCGCUCGCGAGCAACUCGGUCCAAUCGCACCAGCAAUAGCACCCGCAAAUCUGGGUGCUUGGGGACCACCGUGGUGCGACACAACAGUAACGACCUUUGGCAGUGUGUACCCGACCAUGAGUCCUGAACACCACGAGGCAAUAAUUCAGACCGACGAUGCGCCACCGGCACCACAAACAAUGCCAGGCGCUUGGGGACCCCCUUGGUGCGACACGGUCACAGACGCGACUAUGCAACCAGUCUUCAAUCAUCAGAAGGAGUUCUAUGAUUAUGUGACGCCACGAAACUACCCAAAGCAACGUCGAGGGGGUCACUAG